AUGAGUGUAUUCAAUGCGCUGCAUACAGCAAGGCUCAUCCUCGUCCUUGAGCUGAUAGUUCAAGCCAUUGUCAUUACGACCGAAGCAAUUAGCAACGCACGAUAUAAAAAGUACCCUGCCACUGCAACAAUGGUCGGCUAUACGGGCCAAAGUCUCCUCGUCAUCAUUGUCGCCAUCAUUCAAAUAUCAGUAGCAGCUCUCGUAGCAAGAAAUUUGAGAUAUAUUUUGUACAAUAGUCCGUGGAAGGUGUCUGGUGCUUGCAUCACCUUUUCAGUGGCAUCCAUCGCCUUUAGAACCCUCACCUCUUGGUUCAUCCAGGAUCCAAGCAGUGCUUACUAUACUGUCACAUACAAUAUCACCUCUAUUAGCAUUUUAGUAGGAUUAGCGCUAUGGAUACCAUUUAUUUUCUGCAAAAGCGACCAAUAUUACACGCCACCCAGUAGCACCGCAUCCGGAACAAACAUGAAUGUCAGAUCCAGAAUUGUCACCACACAUGGGUCUGGUCGAGCACCCUUAUACAGGCCCAACAAUGGAGAGCACGACGAUGAAUUGCCUUCGUAUUAUGAAAUGAUCCCGCCACCCGCUUAUAAAACCAAGAGCAAUACAGCGAAUGCAGCGGGAGACGACAACACAUCACAGAAUGAGGCAAAUGCAACUGAAUUCAACGUUGGAUCGUCGUCUCAGAUCAAUGAGCUAGCAACCUCCAUAACUCUAAGCGACGAACAAGCAAACACUACACCUCACACUGAUGAACCAACAACCGCUACAGUCGCCACCACUAAUGCAGCAAAUGCUGCUGCCUAG